AUGGUCGUCCUCGGUCGCGCACACCGUCAACACCAGGUCUGGUUCGAUGACAAAGACACAGCCAUUAACAACCUGCUCGCCGAGAAGAACCGCCUGCACAAGGCCUACGCCGACCGCCCCAUUGACGACAACAGAGCUGCUUUCUACCGCUGUCGCCGUCUCGUUCAACAGCGACCGCGCGAGAUGCAGGACGCCUGGAUGGCUCGCAAGACAUAG